GCCGGGACGCGGCGCGGCCGCUAACCUUCCUCUCCCGCCGCUCUGCCCCUCCCGGGGCGGCUAUCGGAGCGGGGAGAAGAGCUCCUCCGUCUCUCCCGACCUUCCCGCGCCGUGCGGGAUGCUGUAGCGGCUCCGGGCCCUGCCGCCCUCGCUGACUGACGAGAGGACGGCGGCGGCCCCCGCCUCCCGCGCUCCUCCUGCCGCUGCUGCGUGUGUGCGGCGGGGCUACAAAGGAGAGGGGGAGCGCGGGGUGCCGGAGCGAGGGCGGUGUGUGCGCGCGGGGGAGGGACGCGUCUUGCGAGGAGAAAGCGCAAGGUCAAGAGGCAGCUCUCUCUCCUCCAUGGAAGAAGAGCGAUGAGCCCCGAGGAGGACGAAGAAGAGAAGGGGCGGAUGGCUGAGGGCUGCCGGGUUUCCCCUCGGGAGUGAGGAGCCGGCGCUGGGGUCGGGAGGAGGGAGCGGAGGAAGGCCGGGGGAAAGCGGCGGGUUUGAAUCUCUCCGGCUGGAUUAUUUCUCCCCGGGGGAAGCUCCCGGCGCUCGGCCCAUGGCCCCCGCGGGCAGCGCGGAGCUGGGCAGCGCCCUGAGCAGAGCGGGGGCAGCCCCUCCACCCUUGGGCGCGUGGAGACCUUUCCCCUCCGCCUGCUGCUGCUGCUUCUCCGCGCUGCUGGACCUCAACAGCUGGCUGCUCUUCUACGGCUUCCUUUACUUGGCCCUCUACGCUCAGGUGUCCCAGUCCAAGUCCUGCGACAAGAUCUCCUGUUUCUCGGGGCACUGUGUCAACUCUACCUGCGUCUGCGACCAGGGAUGGGUGGGAGAUCAGUGCCAGCACUGCCAGGGAAGGUUCAAAUUAACAGAACCUUCAGGAUAUUUAACAGAUGGACCAAUAAAUUAUAAAUAUAAAACAAAAUGUACCUGGUUAAUUGAAGGAUACCCUAAUGCAAUACUAAGAUUAAGAUUUAAUCACUUUGCUACAGAAUGUAGUUGGGACCAUAUGUAUGUAUAUGAUGGAGAUUCAAUAUAUGCACCUUUAAUUGCAGUAUUUAGUGGUUUAAUAGUUCCUGAAGUACGUGGAAAUGAAACUGUACCUGAAGUAGUUACAACAUCUGGCUAUGCAUUGCUACACUUCUUUAGUGAUGCUGCUUAUAACCUAACUGGAUUUAACAUUUUUUACUCAAUUAAUUCUUGUCCUAAUAACUGCUCAGAACAUGGAAAGUGUACAACCAGUUUGUCCAUUCCAAGCCGGGUAUACUGUGAAUGUGACAAGUAUUGGAAAGGAGAAGCCUGUGAUAUUCCAUACUGUAAAGCCAACUGUGGCAGUCCAGACCAUGGGUACUGUGAUUUGACAGGCGAGAAGCUGUGUGUAUGCAAUGAUAGCUGGCAAGGUCCAGAUUGUUCUUUGAAUGUCCCUUCCACGGAGUCUUACUGGAUCUUACCAAACGUAAAGCCAUUCAGCCCUUCUGUGGGCCGGGCUUCCCAUAAGGCAGUUCUACAUGGAAAGUUUAUGUGGGUGAUUGGUGGAUAUACUUUUAACUACAGUUCAUUCCAAAUGGUGUUGAACUACAAUUUGGAAAGCAGUAUAUGGAACGUAGUGCCUGUAUCCAAAGGGCCACUCCAGAGAUAUGGACACACUCUUGCUUUAUAUCAGGAAGACAUCUACAUGUAUGGAGGCAAAAUUGAAACAAAUAAUGGCAAUGUUACUGAUGAGCUGUGGAUUUUCAACAUACACAGUCAAACAUGGAGUAUCAGAACGCCCGCUGUACUUGUACAUGGCCAGCAGUAUGCUGUGGAAGGUCAUUCAGCGCACAUUGUGGAGCUGGACAGCAGAGAUGUGGUUAUGAUUAUCAUUUUUGGAUAUUCUGCCAUAUAUGGUUAUACAAGCAUUGUGCAAGAAUACUAUAUCAGGUCAAAUUCUUGGCUUGUACCAGAAACAAAAGGAGCAAUUGUACAAGGUGGAUAUGGCCAUACUAGUGUCUAUGAUGAACUGACAAAAUCUAUUUAUGUCCAUGGUGGAUACAAAGCAUUACCUGGCAAUAAAUAUGGAUUGGUGGAUGAUCUUUACAAAUAUGAAGUUAAUACUAGAACAUGGACUAUUCUGAAAGAGAGUGGUUUUGCAAGGUAUCUACAUUCAGCUGUCUUAAUCAAUGGAGCUAUGCUCAUUUUUGGUGGAAACACUCAUAAUGAUACUUCCCUGAGUAAUGGAGCGAAGUGCUUUUCUGCUGACUUUCUUGCAUAUGACAUAGCUUGUGAUGAAUGGAAGAUUUUACCAAAACCUAAUCUGCACCGGGAUGUCAACAGAUUUGGUCAUACUGCUGUUGUCAGUAAUGGGUCAAUGUACAUAUUUGGGGGGUUUUCAAGUGUUCUUUUGAAUGACAUCCUUGUGUACAAGCCUCCAAACUGUGAAGCGUUCAGAGAUGAAGAGCUGUGUAAGAACGCUCGUCCAGGGAUAAGGUGUCUGUGGAACAAGAAACACUGUGAAUCCUGGGAAUCUGGGAAUGCUAACAACAUCCUUCGAGCAAAAUGUCCAAAGAAAUCAGUUGCUGCAGAUGACAGAUGUUACCGAUACGCAGACUGUGCGAGCUGUACUGCCAAUACAAACGGGUGCCAAUGGUGUGAUGACAAAAAGUGCAUUUCAGCAAAUAGCAACUGUAGUGUGUCUGUUAAAAACUACACCAAAUGUCAUGUGAGAAAUGAACAGAUCUGCAAUAAGCUGACCAGCUGCAAGAGCUGCUCGCUGCACCUGAACUGCCAGUGGGACCAGCGGCAGCAGGAGUGCCAGGCCUUACCUGCUCACCUAUGUGGGGAAGGAUGGAGUCAUAUUGGAGAUGCCUGCCUCCGCAUAAAUUCUAGCCGUGAAAGCUAUGACAAUGCCAAACUGUACUGCUACAAUUUAAGUGGGAAUCUUGCUUCAUUAACAACCUCAAAAGAAGUGGAAUUUGUUCUGGAUGAAAUACAGAAGUACACACUUCAGAAAAUUUCACCUUGGGUAGGCUUACGCAAGAUCAACAUCUCCUACUGGGGAUGGGAUGACAUGUCUCCUUUUACAAACACAACUCUGCAAUGGCUUCCUGGAGAGCCAAAUGACUCUGGCUUCUGUGCGUAUCUAGAAAGAGCAGAAGUGGCUGGUCUGAAAGCGAAUCCAUGCACUGCAAUGGCAGAUGGUCUUGUCUGUGAAAAACCUGUCGUUAGUCCCAACCAGAAUGCAAGACCCUGCAAAAAGCCAUGCUCCCUGAGAACAACGUGUUCCAACUGUACGAGUAAUGGUAUGGAAUGUAUGUGGUGCAGCAGUACAAAACGAUGUGUUGAUUCGAACGCCUAUAUAAUCUCCUUCCCAUAUGGACAGUGUCUAGAAUGGCAAACUGCAACAUGCUCCCCUCAAAACUGCUCUGGACUGAGGACCUGUGGACAGUGUUUGGAACAGCCUGGAUGUGGAUGGUGCAACGAUCCCAGCAACACUGGAAAAGGUCAAUGUUUGGAAGGAUCGUCAAGAGGUCCAAUGAAGCCUGUUAGCAUGCAUUCUAAUGAAAUGGUGCUUGAUGCCACUCUUUGCCCCAAAGAAAAAAACUAUGAAUGGUCUUUUAUCCAGUGUCCAGCUUGCCAGUGUAAUGGCCACAGCACCUGUAUCAACAGUAAUGUUUGUGAUCAAUGUAAAAACUUAACAACAGGAAAACAAUGUGAAACAUGCAUGCCAGGAUAUUAUGGAGAUCCCACAAAUGGUGGACAGUGUACUGCUUGUACGUGCAGUGGACACGCAAAUAUUUGUCACAUGCAAACAGGAAAAUGUUUCUGCACAACCAAAGGCAUCAAAGGAGACCAGUGUCAACUCUGUGACUCUGAAAAUAGGUAUCUUGGAAAUCCGCUUAGGGGAACAUGUUACUACAGCCUUUUGAUUGAUUACCAGUUUACCUUCAGCUUAUUACAAGAGGAUGAUCGCCAUCACACUGCCAUAAACUUUAUAGCAAAUCCAGAACAGUCAAAUAAAAAUUUGGAUAUAUCAAUUAAUGCAUCAAACAACUUCAACCUCAAUAUUACAUGGUCUAUUGGUUCAACUGCUGGAACAAUAUCUGGGGAAGAGAUUCCUGUUGUUUCUAAGGCAAAUAUUAAGGAAUACAGAGAUAGCUUUUCAUGUGAAAAAUUUAACUUUCGGAGCAACCCAAACAUCACAUUCUACGUCUAUGUCAGCAAUUUUUCCUGGCCAAUCAAAAUACAGAUUGCCUUCUCGCAGCACAAUACUAUCAUGGAUCUGGUGCAGUUCUUUGUCACCUUCUUCAGUUGUUUCUUAUCCUUACUGCUGGUAGCUGCCGUCGUUUGGAAAAUCAAACAAACCUGUUGGGCUUCUCGACGGAGAGAGCAACUUAUGCGGGAGCGACAGCAGAUGGCCAGCCGCCCCUUUGCUUCUGUCGAUGUAGCACUGGAAGUAGGAGCUGAGCAAACAGACUUUCUACGAGGGCCAUUAGAGGAUCAACCACAAGGACCGAAUAAUGCUCCCAAAGAAAUACAUUUGGAUGAAGAUGACUGAACAUGCAGAUCCAAAGGCCCUUUUAGGAUACGGUGAACCUUUGGCCUUGGAUGAAGAACAUUCUUGGAUGAAAGAACUCCAGCUGAAAGACAAAGUCUUUGCCUUUUCCCUUGAGACUUGCAGAGAUAUGAAAGAGAUAAAGGAAACAAAGAUUUGCAGCUGAAUUCUUGCAGGGUGCAGUUCUAGUGGCUGACAGGCACCCAGCCAGCCUGCCUCAUUACUGUGGAAUGUCACAUGCUUACACCCCUUACUGUUCUCCUGCAACUCCCAAAAAUCCUCACAUGCAUUUUGACUAUUUUUUUCUGCUUUCUAGUUGCAAAUUACAUUUAAUUGCAUAGUUUCUGUAUUAAAAUUUGUUCCUUUAGGACUUAAGUAUAUCAUGUGUAGCUAAGAAAGUAAAUGCAGAAAAUACAUACUGUACUUGGUUCAUAAGAUUAUCAUACUUAUACCUGCAGCUGAGGAAGUAAUUAAGUAAUAAUCUUGUUUUUCUUUAAUGGCUUGCCUAAAGUGAAAAUACCAAUAGUUCAUUGAGUCAAUGAAUUGACAUUCAGAAUGUGGUCAGCCAUAGCUACCUGGUCAUUUGAAUGGAUUUUCUACUCUAAUAUAUUGAACUAUGUUAAACUGAUAUGAAUACAUCUAGGGACUUUGUAAAUUUCCAUACAAAAUAUUCAAUAUACUUGAAACUUGAUUAUACAUUCGACUAUUUUACUUUUUGAAGUGACCUUAUUUUCUCUUUUUAUUAUAAAAUGCAGCUCUUCUAGACAGUUUUUGUUUAGAUUCUUAGAGUAUGAUUUGAUUUCAUUAAUAGUGUUUGUUAGAGUUGACCUUCAAAUUAUGUCUGAUACCUAACAUGUUAGUACCUGACAGAUUUUCUUAAUUAAGAAUGUGUCUGAAAACAAAGUCUACACACAGAAAAAUGCUGUACCAGAGUUAAAGGGCUUUACUCUCCCUGCAUCCUCUCUCCACAGAGGGAGACCUAAUUACUUUUACUGUCAUAGAAGAAGAUAGGAUUCUAUAAUUUUGUUUGUAUAUCAACUCACAUGCUAUAGCAACUUUCAUGCCAGCUAGGAAUGUGUAGUAAGUAUGUUAGAAUCCAGGCAUCUAUGGUAUCUCUGCUUUAAAGUGCAAUCACCAGUCAGACUUCUCAAGGGGCAAAUCUGAAUAGUAGCAACUGUUUUAACAAACCAUCACCAACAAGAAAGCAUUUGCCAGCAGGGUAGCCUAGGUAAGCCCGUCUUUAUCAGAUGAGGACAUAUUAGUCUACUUGUUUCAAAAGUCCUCUGUAACUUCUUGAUUUUUUUUCUUCAACAGCUAUGUCUUAUUGCCCAGCCACCCCUGUUUAAAAACACUUCUAGAAGCUGUCUUCAGCUAAGCAGUAGACUUUUCUCUUAAACUUUAACUUUUGACUUGAAGAACUGGGAGACAAUAACCAAUCUUUGAUCAAUGAUUUCGCUUGCUUGUCUUCUCUGCUCACAUCUCUAUUUUGUCCCCUACCCCUCUUCUCUGGCCUUAACUGGUCGUAAAAAAUGUGCAUGACUAUUGGAAGUGUCUUUUGCUGCAGGGUCUCUGUAUGGGCUGAUUAAUACAAAGUAAUUCAUAUUGAGAUGCAUAUGUAUGUUUGUAUGUGCAAGAUAUUAACUUUACUUGCAUUGAGCCUAUUGGAAUAUGGAUGUACACAAAGAAAGCUAUGACUAAAAUUUCAGAUAUCUAGAUACUGGACAACUAAAUUUCAUUGUUUACUCUUGAGCAUUGAUGAACUGAUGCUGAUUUGUUACUUCCCUAAUAAAAGAAACCUUUUUGAAUAUUUAUGGCAAAGAGGCCUG